AAUCUCCCGGCUUUACUUCCAAUUCAAAACAAGAUUCCCGGAAGGAGGAUAAAAGCAGCUCGGAGUGAGAAGAGGAAAAGUACCGUGCUGUGUCAAAUCGGAUACCCAGUCAGUGGCGAGGCUGCGUUUCCAUUCCGGAAGUCAGUGGGCCGCCCCGUUUCCUUCCGCUUGGCGAUUUAUUUCCUGCCCUGCGUAAGCUCCUCCCCGCGCUUUCUAGUCCCCCGAUUUCCGUUUGACUGUUGUCCAGGCAACGAUAACUUCCGGUUGUGCGUGGUGGGCGGAGUCGAGAUGGCAGAGGAGAGACUAGAGUCGAGAACUCAGUUUCCUGCAUCUGCUGAAUCUCAAAAACCCAGCAAGAAAAAAGCUCCAGAGGGGCCUGUCCUGGAGAAACUGAACUGGCUGAUCCACCUGCACUACAUCCGGAAGGACUAUGAGGCAUGCAAGACUGUUAUCAAAGAACAGCUUCAGGAGACUCAGGGGCUGUGUGAAUAUGCUGUCUAUGUUCAAGCAUUGAUACUUCGCCUGGAAGGAAACAUCCAAGAAUCUCUAGAGCUCUUUCAGACGUGUGCUAUUCUCAGCCCUCAGAGCGUGGACAACCUCAAGCAGGUCGCACGGUCACUAUUUCUUUUGGGAAAACAUAAGGCUGCCAUCGAAGUAUACAGCGAAGCGGCUAGACUCAACCAGAAAGAUUGGGAGAUCUGCCAUAACCUAGGGGUGUGCUACAUGUACCUGAAGCAGUUCAGCAAGGCACAGGACCAGCUGCGCAGUGCGCUCCAGCUGAACAGGCACGACCUGACCUACAUCAUGCUGGGGAAGAUCCACCUGCUAGAGGGCAACACGGACAAGGCCAUCGAAAUCUACAGGAAAGCAAUCGAGUUCUCACCGGAAAACACGGAGCUGCUCACAACACUGGGGCUGCUGUACUUACAGCUUGGAGUUUACCAAAAGGCAUUCGAACAUCUUGGAAAUGCACUGACAUAUGACCCCACCAACUACAAGGCCAUCCUGGCGGCAGGCAGCAUGAUGCAGACACACGGGGACUUCGAUGUUGCCCUCACCAAGUACAGAGUUGUAGCCUGUGCUGUCCCAGAAAGUCCUCCUCUCUGGAAUAACAUUGGAAUGUGUUUCUUUGGCAAGAAGAAAUACGUGGCAGCUAUCAGCUGCCUGAAGCGAGCCAACUACCUGGCCCCCUUCGACUGGAAGAUACUGUAUAACCUGGGCCUCGUCCACCUGACCAUGCAGCAGUACGCAUCUGCCUUCCACUUCCUGGGUGCGGCAGUCAACUUCCAGCCCAAGCUGGGGGAGCUGUAUAUGCUCCUGGCCGUGGCCUUGACCAACCUGGAAGAUACAGAGAAUGCCAAGAAAGCCUAUGAGGAAGCAGUCCGCCUGGACAAGUGUAACCCUUUAGUAAACCUGAAUUAUGCCGUGCUGCUGUACAACCAGGGUGACAAGAGGGGUGCUCUUGCCCAGUACCAGGAGAUGGAGAAGAAAGUCGGCUUCCUCAAGGACAACAGCUCUCUAGAGUUUGACCCUGAGAUGGUGGAGAUGGCUCAGAGGUUGGGAGCUGCUCUCCAGGUUGCGGAGGCUCUGGUCUGGACUAAACCAGUGAAAGAGCCCAAAGCAAAGCACCGGUCCACUUCCACCAGCAAACCUGCUGGUCUCCAGCAGCCUCUGGGCUCCAACCAGGCUCUGGGGCAGGCGAUGUCUUCAGCAGCCUCUUACAGGAAGCUCCCCACAGGUGGAGGAACAACCCCGCUCACAAAGCCACCAUCUCUUCCAUUGGAGCCAGAGCCCACUGAGGAAGCAGGUCCAAUCAAAGCAUCAGAACAAAGAAGAGAGCUGGGCAUGGUGGUUCAAGCUUGUCAUCCCAGCACUCAGGAGGCUGAGGCAGGAGGAUCACCGCUAGCACCAUGGCUGGAGGGUGGACAUGAGCUGUGCGUGAAGUUCUUCACGACCGGGUCUGCUCUGACACCCAGAAGGCAGCCAACCAAGAACACCCCUCUUGGGUCCCCAGAUCUGACACAUAGCAGGUGCAUGAUGGACGGGCUUUCGUCCUUAGCAAGUCACUUCUGUGUCAGCGUGGCGGCUGUGCUGUGUGGAAUGGGAUCAGUUACUAAACCUGGGAAGGUUACUGAACAGGUUUCAGAAUGA